GGGACUUUACUUUGAAAACCGAAGCAGGAAGUCGCCUCAUCGUGGCCACCUCUGCGCUGCACUGCACAGCAGCUGCACGCGCUCACGUCGUCCAGUGUUUGACAAAACCUCGUCGGUCUGACUGCGCGAGCUGAACGUGUGCGGCGGUAAUGGCUGCCAGGGAGAGUGAGGAAGACAACAAAUGAAGCUCUGAGACACGAUUUCUAAGGUGAGUGUGAAAUCAUGACAACCCACGGCGGAACGUUUUCAGCCUUUUGGACAUGUACACAGCUGUCUCGUCUGCUGAGGCUACUUAUCUACUUGUCUCGCAGGUGUGUGUGUGUAUGUGUGUGAGCUGUAGGGAAUGUGGCUAUUUGUAUGUCACACACACACACAUAGAGAGAGAGAGACACACACGCACACACGGGACAAUAAACUGUCAAUACUCUGCUCUUAACAUGCACACCUCCUGCAUGCCCCCCGGUGUAAGCCCAGUAUAAGAAGAGUGGACAUGUGUAAGGGUUGAAUUAUGUAAGAUAGACGCAGACAGACAUGCCGAGUGUGCUGUGGAGAGCUGGACUCUUUGUUAGCUGCUGUUAACGUGAUUAGCAAUCGCGAGCUAACCACAGGCCACAGAGCUGUUGGCCUGUUAGCCAAUCAGGCGAGCGGAUGUCUAAUUAGCCUGUUAGCACGCUGGCUGGCAGUCAUCCUGCCUCUCUGCCUUUUGUUUUAAACCAAUUUAAUGCUCGUUUAGAAAGAGUUACAUAAUACCGGGCUAAUUAUAAAAAGAUGGGAGGAUGGUAGAAAUUUAUUUACAAUUGCUCAUAUCCUGGAGGAGGAUUAUGAACACUUAGAACCAUUCUUGUUUUUGCUCUUAUGGAGAGAUCAAAACAUGCUGUUACAGGAGACCAAAAUAUCGACUUUGGUACAACAGUAAGGGGGAAAAAAAGCAGCCAAAGUCACAGAACACAUGAACAUCUGACAUAUUGAUAAUGGUAAUAGUAAGAAAUAAGAUUUAUUAAUCCACGAAGAGAAAUUGAAUUGUCUGUCGUCUCAUUUGUCAUGUCAAUCUAAAAGUCAUUGACUAUUUACUGAAGAGUUGUAAAGUCUGAUGGCUGUUGGUUUAAAAGAUCUUCUGGAUCUUUCUGUCCUGCAGUGAAGAGACAGGAGCCGUCCAUCACCGUUGGCCCUUUGGUCCAUUAAGGUGUUGUGAAGUGGGUGAUCCAUGUUCUUGAGAAUAGUCUCCACCUGCCUCUGUGUAGAUCUCUCAAAACAAAAAGAAUUUUGCAUAAAUAAUAUUCAGACUAAUCGCAAAAUAUUCCCACUUAGACAUAUUUUUUUUUUAGUUUUAAAAAUAUGUUCAUAUUUUUUAAAGUAAACUAAAGACCUACCGUUAGUCUUUUAAUCUUUUAAUCUACAUGAUGUGAUUUUACGCUAUUUUCGUCGUAGAGCAGGGAUGGGCAAUUAAUUUUUACCAUAUUUUUCGUACUAUAAGGCGCACUUAAUUUAAUUUUAAUUUAAUUUUUCGUCUUUGUUUUAACUUUCAUCAGUGCUAAGUAACUUUAGCUCGUAAGCUAACCUGUUCAGAUACAACAUACCAUAUGUAUUUUCACUGUCUCAAACUCAGUCGCGUUGCUGUCACAGCACCAUUAGGUCUCAGUUGUUACCUUAUGUUUAUGGAUUAUAGUUUAAUGUGCUUAUCUGGUACUGGCCCCGACUCAGUACAUGCUGUCAUGACAGACAGUCAUCUCAACACAAGUGUCUAAUCAGAACUGAAAAACAGUCAGUCUGCUGUUGUGUCAGUCUUCUCGCUUCCACCCGGGACGCGUCUUUUUCCCCUUGGAAAGUCGCAAAAUCGCAUUGCGCUUGAUGUGUAUAGUCAGGCACAUCAAAAUUAGCCUCUGAACAUUUCCUAAUUUUACGUCGUAUAUUUGUGUCGUAAGGCGUCUACGAAUAUUUUGCCGAUGUUUAAACUUGUCUCUGUUCACGAAUGCAGAUCUAGGAUGUACGCACCUGCAUCCAAACAGAAAUAAAACAAUGGCUAGGUUUUCAAAAUAAAAGAAACACACUUGUAUAGCAUGUUGAUGAUUUGAUUGACGGACCUCACGAAGGGCCGAUGUGGUACUUAGGCUGUAAAAUGCCCAGGUCUGUCCUAGAGUAACUAUCUUGUGUUUUACUACCUCUUUUUGAAUGUACUUUCUUUUAUUGUUGGAUUUUAAGACUGUUUUAUUUAAUGAACUCUUAACGCUUUAUCACCUUCAUUAUAUUUUAUCACGGUUUUAUCAUUUUAGUCCAAGAUCCAGUGUUUCCUCAUCUUUUUUAAACUCAAGUCAUCCGUGGCAAGUUGAAGAGUCCUCACCAUGUCUUUUGAGUGUGCAUCUGUGUGUGUGAGCGUGUGAGUGCUGUAUGUGGUGAAUGAGGGUUGAAAGAGUGGGUAGUGUUCGGUAUUUGUAUUUUUAUUAGUUGACUUCAUAGUUUUUUUUUAAUAUUCUCCACGAAUGGACAGAACUUUAAGCUACAUUCCAUGCAUGAAAAGUGCUUUAAAAAUCAAGUUUGAUUGAUUGAUAUAGUUUUAAGUAUGGAGUUGGUCGUGUUUUUCUUCUGAUUUCUUUAUUAUUUGCGUUGUUUGGUACAUUUCUGUCAGUCAUUGUGUAGAGCUGUGGGGUUUAUUAUCAGCACACCCGUAGGUCAGGUCUUAUUCAGUAGAAAAUGCCCAGGUGACACCCCUGUUUCUCUUCUCUGCUGUCUGUUCGUGACAGCUGCUACGUCUUCAGGAAGCACCAAAAGGACUGAAUAGUUACCAACUUGUGUGUGUGUGUGUGUGUGUGUGUGAGGGCUGCAAGUGGUGUUGUGGCUGCAAGAGAGCUGCAGGUGUGACAGAGGCAGAGCAUACAGUGUGAAGUGUGAAGCACGACUGAAGUUAAAUCAAUGUCAGCACCUACCUGUCCUGCACAGAGGUAUGUGACUGCAAACUUUGCUUCUCUCCUUUGGGCAUUUUGUGUUUAUUGACAAUACAGCUGAAGAGAGACAGGAAAUUGAGAGAGAAACUAGUAGGGGAUGCUGACCACCAAAUGGUUGUGUGCAGUAGUUUGGUUUAAUUUUGCUUUGAGGUGUCUAGUUUGUUGAAAAGCUGCCAUCUUGAUUGUUUACGCUUGAGCAGUGCCCCUCCGUUGUAAUCUUAAAUAAAGGAUUGUGAUUGGUUUAAUCUACCUGACGCAAAGGCAUUUUUGAAUACUCCAUGCAUAGACAUAGUCAUGCAUCAGGAAGAAGAUGAUUAUUUACACUUAGGGUGGGAAUCGUAGGGUCAGCCAUGAUAGAGCUAUGAGACUUGCACAACAGUUUUUUAAUUUAAUAUAUCUAAUUAAGUAAGGCAUGCAAAAUGCGCCUUAAAGAUGAGUAUAAGUUUAAUGUCUGUAUCAGCAUCACGAGGGAGCACUGUGUUGUGUUUUUUACGUUUCAUGACCUUCUCAGUCUUGGUUGUUACCGUCCCUGCCCAAAUUUGAUUGGUUUAAGAAAACGUACACUAUGUUCCAACAUUUGUCGUACUUAUCAGUUUACAUUUUACACAAUGUCCCUGCCUAUUUUGAAAUAGGAUUUUAACACUAUUUAAAGAGCAUUGUUUUCUAACUAAAGUAAUUAAUGGUACUCAGAUCUGGUCGUUCUCAGACUUGAUUUCUUUCACACUUUUUUUCCCAAACUACUUGCGCGUCUUAAUCUGAUUAAUCAACUGUGAGAAAAUCAUCGGCCUGAUUAUGAAACAUGAAGUUGCUGCAGCCCCAGAGCUGUUUCUGGUCUGGCAGGUAAAUCAAGAUUAUGUAAGUAAUCAUAAUAAGGAUAUGAGAGACUGAUCCAACCAUUGGCCUCUUUUGGGGAGGUUGUGCCUGUCAUACACUUCUCAUUUUCUUAAUGGUCGUGUUAAUUUCUGGAAAAUGUCACAUGUUCCUGUGACAUCUGCAUGUGCAGCGAUCAUAAACACCCCGACUAGGUAACAAAAUAACCCUGUAACAGAUACUAGUUUGUGAGCUCGGUGUCAAAUAAGCAGGGUGGUCAUUUUUGAGCCUCUAAAGAGGUUCAUUAGUGGUCACUGGAAACUUCUUGUACUGUGAAGAGUUGAUUAUAAUGGGAGAAAAAGAAGUGAUGCUGCCAUGUUUUUUUUUUUUUUUAAACGUUCCUCUGAACCUCAAAACAAAAACAAUUUCAGAGCUACGUUAUCACGCACACUCAUGUCUCAGUGGAAGACGGCAGUUUGGUUUAGUUACACCCAUCUGAAAAGUUGAGGAGAUUAUCCGAGUCUAUUGUGAAUUUUGAAAACAAUCCAGGGGAAUUUUCAGAGUGCUUGUGUUUUUCAGACAAAAGUAAUUCAUUUUGUGGUUAGGCAAAUAUGUCACUACAUAGGCAGUUAAGGGGAAAUGAUGUUGGCUUUCAAGAAUAAUUUCCAGUGAGGACUCCAGUUAAGGAAAAAAAUUAGAUGUUUUUUUUGAGAGGAAAGGGAAAAAUUUGUGCGGCUACAUUUUUGUAGGUUGGCGAAUCAGACGAAUCUGUCAACAGUUCAGACUAAAAUAGUUGCAUCUGUUGUGAUCAUAGUGAAACUAAAACUUGAGGUCAUUAAGGAUAAAACUGUGUCAGCCCCUGUCAGUCAUUUGUUUCAGGUUAGUGAAUUAAUGUGCAUUUAGCAGAGAGCAUACACCGUGAUAUGUAUUCUAGUCAGUAAGCCUUGAUAGCUUGCACACUAUGCAAAUCUGUUAGCUGCGUAACGUGCAGUGCGUGAGUCCACAGAUGAGUCCAAAGUGUUACUCAGUGUAUCGUUUGCUGCCAGCCUAGCCUGAACCUUUUGACAACCAAUCAUACACUAGAUGGGGUGUUGCUCAGGUAACCAGGAAAUUUCUCUUUUCUCUUAUUUCUCUUAUACUUUUAUUCGUCUUUAAUGUUUUUAUAUCGUUUCAUUCAGAGCAUUUCAUUGUAUUGUUGACCUUGUUUAACAUACACAUGACGAAUCAACAAAUCUUGAAAUCUUGAAACUAGAUGCUUGUUAGAUGAUCAUCACCGGGACAGAGAGUCCCAUUUUUUGCAACAGUCCUUUGUGCAUCAACAUUGAAAUACCAAAACUCAAUUUAGCAUCAUUUGAGAUUAUUCUCAGCAAUGCUGGUUGUAGUUUAUGUAUUUUUAAAUAGAAAUAAUCGAUAAUUGAUGUAUUUCGUGGCUGUUUGAUGGUUGUUUGCCUCAUCACUUUUCUUCUAAAAAGGAAAAAUGUGUCAUAACUCCACCUCAGCUGUUGGUUAACUUGUCCUACUUUUGUAAUACUUAGCUCCAGUCUCUUUAACCGUCAUCAUCCUGCAGCUAUACCUGUGAGUGACAUCUGAUCAUAGCAUAAUAGCUGGUUACAAUUAGAUAAAAUAACCUUGACUUAUUUCAUAACAAUAAGAAUGAGCAUUUGUUAAACAGUUAAACGCUUGGCUUUAAGGGAUUUUCUUUUCUGGUCUGGGUGUCACCGCUGCUCUCACACCCUGCAGCAGGUGAAGUAUUUAAAAAAAACAAAAAACAUUAGGCGAUUAUUAGACCAAACAUUUAAGAAUAUUCCUAUUUGAACAUAUUCAGGAAAGACUGUAUUUCUAGACCUCUGACUUAAUCUGAUAUGUUGUCAAAUAAUUGGUAAUAUUGUAGUAUUUGUGUUUUUUACCAAAAAGCACUCUGUUUUCUGACACAUAAACAAUCAGCCGGUCGGCCAUGUUGGCUAUACCGGUAAAUCUGACGUCGCAACAACACGAAAUCUGAUUGGUCAGAGGUGGACACACGCAAUAUGCAAAACUUUAGAAAAUUCGACUGUGAUGCAAAAAAAUAAAUGCUGCAAUAUCGCAGGACGGGAAAGUGUCGCUGAUGUGAACACUUGUAUUGACAGGAUAUGGGUUUGAAAAAAAAUAUUGACGUCUUAAAAAAAAAACACUCCCAGUGUGAAAGGACCUUAAGUCAAUACUUGGUGUUUGAUUGGUCCACCUCUGUUAGUGUUUAUUACGUCAGCUCCCAGAUUGACGUCACAGCCAUUAUUAAAAGGUAUGUUCACACCUUGGCAUCAGCAGGUUUCAGAAGCACAUCUGAGGUGUCAUAUAAAUUUAAUGAGAAGCUAGUGAUCCCUGUGCUGUAGAAAGAGAAAAAAAACUGUUUUGUAAUAAAAUAAAAAAAACACGAGACUAAUAUUUGCUCUGAGUUGUGAGUUGUAGGAGAAGAAUUUAAUGAGAAGUAAAAUUUGAACAACUGGCUAAGCUUAUAGAGAAGGCUUACAUAUACCAUCCCCCUGUGUGAAGCAUGGGGGUGGGGUGAUUUCAGGCCCUGGUGCACAGGGGCACCAAGUUAUUGCUCAAAGGAGGAGAAUGAAACGGUCAUCAAGUUCAAUUAUCCGUACAACACAGCAGAGGAGGAAUGCCCAUUCACAUCCCCGAGCUUAGAUGACUGAGUAGAAAUGGUCAAAUCUGCUCAGUUUAUGAAAGUAGUAUUAGGUAACAACAGUGAAAACACCCUAGCUCCCGUAAUGUAAAUAGUACAGCUGUUCAUUAGCAUUUCAGGUAACUGAUUUUAAAUACAAUGCAAGUCAGAGAUGAGUGAAACUAUCCUGGAGUGGUGCGACUAAAUCCCUGAGUUCAAACCAGAAGUUAUUGAGUUUUAAAGGACAGGGUCAAAGUUUUAAAGUCAGUCCAGUAUUGAGUUGCUCAGUUUUAUUUGUACAGUUUAAGUUACAAUUAUUCCCUUUGAAUGUUCUUGACAGGACUGAUGGUUGUAAGUGAAGAACUUUUUGUUUCUGUUUGGAUGAAGUGAAAGUAAAGUCUUGGCUUUCUGGUCUUUUGUUACCGCAGAUAAAGAUGUUUGUAUUAGUCACUCCAAGUUCAGUUCUUAGUUCACUUCACUUCAGUUGAGUGUUUCUACUGUGUCCCUGCCUGAUGGAGGUUUUUAAGACCUGGCUUUUGUUUGAAAUUUGACUCCAUUGCUCUUUUUUUCACAGUGAGGACUAGGAUGGUAAGCAGCCAGCCGAAGUACGAACUGAUCCAGGAGGUGGGGCGCGGCAGUUACGGUGUGGUUUAUGAGGCAGUAGUGAAACGCACAGGGGCCCGGGUGGCGGUGAAGAAGAUCCGCUGCCACUCUCCGGAGAAUGUGGAGCUGGCCCUGAGGGAGUUCUGGGCCCUCAGCAGCAUCCAGAGCCAGCACCCGAACGUCAUCCACCUGGAGGAGUGUAUCCUGCAGCGGGACCAGCUGGCCCAGAGGAUGAACCAUGGGUCCAGCUCUCCGCUCUACCUGGAGGUGAGAAAAGAGAGAUCACGAAACAGGGUGUGGGACUGUAUGUUGUGGUUUAACAGGAAUCCUGCUCCGAAUGUGUGUUCAUAUUAAACAAUAAAGGUGGUAAACACAGGAUGUAAAAUGCUGCUGUCAUGAGGCGGGAUAAGUACUCUUUAAAUAUUUGUAAUUUGUUUGCUCACGUUGAAUAAUAAGUCGAUGUCAACCUGUAGGAAAGACAAGCUCCGCUAACAUUAGCCACACUUAGCGAGCUGAUUUUACAUUGCCGACCUGCUGACUGAUUCUAUGUUGAAUGUUACAUUAAGUGUGCUCAAUUUUGACUUCUUAUUGGUCAGUAUUUAAAUUUCAAAUAAAACAACAUAAAUAUGAAUCACUUUAAGAACUUGUUAAACUACGACAGCAGCUGUGAACCAAAACUAUAAAUGCAGACAAAAGACGUAGAUGUGCUCCAGCUGGGAAACAACAGAAGGUGAUUCAUAUCGGGCAACUUUGAUUUAAAAUAUCAGUUAUAGAUUUUUUUUUUGUCUUUUAUCUCAGACAUGUUUUCAUUUCACAUACCUUGACAUGUUUCGGCAGAAACUUUCGCCUUCCUCAGAAGUUUAAUUUGGUGGUAGGUGUGACGCGUCAUAUCAGCUGGUUUUACAGACCCAAACGUAACACCAGCUACUCCGUAACAACAGCUGAUAUGAGGCGUCACACUUACCACCAAGUUAGACUUCUGAGGAAGGCGAAAGUUUCUGCCGAAACAUGUCAAGGUAUGUGAAAAGACAUGAAAAGACAAUACAUGUCUGAGAUAAAGGAAAAAAGAAAAACAAUUCUAAGUAACUGAAGACAUAAUGAACAUCAUUCAACUAAUAAAAUAUCAAUAUUUUGGAACCCAGGAAGAGUAGCUGAUUGCUAUGGCUUCAGCUAAUGGGUAUCCUUAAUAAACAAAUAAAUAAACAAAUAUCCGCUCAAAAUCAAAGUAAUGCAGCUGUGAAGUAGAUGUGACGGUGUGAGAUUCACAAUCUUGACGUGUAGCUGUAAGAACGAAACCUACAUGAAGAUAACUUUGUUAUCUUAAGUUGUUAUGAAACUGGAUUACAACAUCUUCUGACCUGGAUCAUUCCUCCUCUACCACAGAGAUGAGUUGGUGGUCCAAACUGAUGAAUCCACUUUUUCUGUCAUCUUCUUGGUCUUCUUCGCUCUAUACUUCCUUCUCAAGCCCAGAGUCCAUUUCUUGUGGUGCUUUGAUGAACUCGUCAUAUUAGUCAUAUCAUUAGUCAUAUCAUAUUAAUUUUCCAGAUGCCGUAUUUAAUCGGUUUGGAAUAGAUGCUGGAAUUGCACAUGCAGGUGGAUUUUAGACUGUUUUCACUUUAGUGUUACCUUUCAGCCACUGGGUUGCAGAGGCUGAUGUAACAGACUAUCCUGUGUUUGUGCUUUUGUCUUUAACUGUUUCUCUCUGCAGAGUUUGUAGGCUGUGUUGUUGUUGUCGUCCUGCGGGUUGUACACAUGUAUAUUCCUGCAGUUAAGUUUGCGCUGUUGUUGUUGUUUCACUCUGAUGUCCCGUUUAUUGUUGAGUCCAGGUAGGUGGACCCAUAACGCCCGAUGGUACUCAUUAACUCUCUGUUUUGCACUUUGCACAAAUUGUGCUUAGUGACUGCUGACAUUAACGAUCCAAUGAGACAGUCGGCUCAUAUUGCCAAAAACUGAUCAGAGCCGGGAUCGGCGCUCUCUGGUCCGAUGGUUGUGAUUGGAUGAUGGAGAUUUCCAGCCAAAUAUUUCUGCCUAAAGUCACAGAGCUGGUGGCAGAUGUGAAAGGACAGAGACAACACCCAGGGAGGAAAUCCUGCUCGACUUCUAAUGAGUCUCAAGUACUUAUUUGUUGGCAACAUGCUGCUUGUCUAAUAAAAGACACAAUCUGUGCUAAGAAUUUGAAGUCAGUGUCAUCCUUUGCUGUGUUGGAUGCAAAGAGGAAUGUGUAUUGUUCUCAUUUGCGUCUCAUUUGUCAAUGUAGACCUUUGAGGCUAAAUUUGAUUGAGUAGUCAGCAGCAUACUUGUUUAUGUACAGUCAAAUGUUUCAGGGUUACAGUAAUGGAGGAGCAGAAUAUCAGCACAAAUAUUAGCACUCAGAACAACAAAUACGCAGCUGAAGCCUCAUUUAUCUUUGGCUCUCUGCUGUUCAGCACUAGCAGAGGAGCUGGAUAUUUCUGGCUGGAUCUAUGUCCUCACAGUUGCAUGAACGUGUUGUCAGGUUGAGGUAGGGGGCCUCUCCUCCACUCCCCUCCCCAGUCAACCUGUCUGCAGCCUGUCAUGUCGCAGUACCUCCCCGCUGUCUGACGGCAGGCACACAGGCGCUCUGCCGGUGCCUGAUUAUAGUCUCUCAGCAGCACGCUGGGCUAUUGUCACACCGCUCAUUCAGUUUUCUGCAGCGCUAGCGUUGGACACUUUCCCAGAAUCCUUUUUAUUCCGGCGCUUUUUUUAUUGCGCUGUAAUGUUCCAGUACGUGCUUUCAGAAGAACGCAUGAUAAUGGGACGGAAUUAUCUGACCGCACCAACUGUGGGAUAAUUUGCAUCCAUUCUUUUUGGGCAGUGGAUUCUUUGGCUGCCGGCAUGUCAAACAGUUUGCAGGCAUUUGUUUACAGCAGGGCUUCCACUGGGAUUUGCCUACAAAACAUACUCAGAGCACACGUGUUGCCCGUAGAGGAGUUUACACCAGUAGCUUCCACACAGGGUUUAACCUGCCUCAAAGGAUAUAUAAUGUCAGGUCAAACAUUGAAACUGCUCUUAGUGGUUUCAUAUGAGCCAGCCCAUCAAAAUACAACAGUGUUAAUACUUCUGCUUUGUCGACAAAUGCAGCUAAUGUAGAAAUGUGAAAACAGGGUUCUCACCAGGUACAGGGAGGAAGAAAAGCUUUAACCAUCAGGUGUUUUCAUGAAUGAUUUAUGUACUUAUUUACUCUAUUUAUGUUCUAUUUUUUGUUAAUAUCAUGUAAAUUUGUUGGAGACUAACUGUUUAUUGAGAAGCGGAGAAUGGGAAGGUUUAAAAACAGCAUAAUUUCAUCCUACUCCUUUUUGGUCAUGUUGGGUUCACAUUAUUAUUAGUAGUAGUAUUUUUUGUUUUUAUUUUUUAUUUUGUAUUGUUUCAUUUGUAUUUUUAAUUUUUGUUUAUUUUUAUUUGUAUUUUUUUGCUUUGAUUAUUGUUAUUGUUGUUUUGAAUUUUCUAAUUGUUUUUGUUUGUUUGUUUUCAGUUUACUUUCUUGUGUUGCAGACACAUGUUCAAAAAAAAAAAAUCAUAAAUAAAAAAAUGGAACAUCUAAAUGUCGUCUAGAGGCCGACUCCAAAACUCCAUGUAUCUCCAUUUGAGCCAUAAUGUGCGUUUUUAAAGCACAGUCAAACAUUUCAAAAGUUUUUGGUCUGUGGACUUUUUUUUUUAUCUGUGACAGCUCGGGGGCAAACUUGAUUAUAACUGAUAACAUCUGAUGAUAGGGCUGGGCGAUAAAACAAAAAUUUACUGAUACUGAAAUUUACACUUUAUUCUAGGGAUGGGCGAUAAACCGAAAAUUGACCUAUACCAAAAUCUACAAUAAUAACAGACGUCAUUUUGCCCAUGUCAAUGUAUUCGGUGUCAAAAAACAAAUAAAAGUUGGUUUUGGAUGUGUGGAGGUAGGCUAUGGUGUCAUGUCCCUUCAAGACUCUGUCCUAAGUCAGACACGUGACUCCACCCCAUCCAGUCCAUAACAAAGAGGGAAAGACAGGUGAGGAGAUGGAGGAGGGUUCAAAAGUUGUGGCAGCUGAAGUAGACAAAGUUAAUGUGGGAGAGUGUGAGCAGUUUGUGGAGUAGAUAUCGUCCAUUUAUCGUUAUCAAGGUGAACUGCUCAAUACAUCAUGAUAUUGAUUUGAGGCUGUAUCUCCCAGCCCUAUCUGUAUAUAUCAAGGUAAAGAAGUCACGCAAAAGCAGGCUGAACUGACUGACAGGUGGGCAUUGAGGUCUUUGCACAUCGACUCUCAAACUGCCAGCUGCUGAUCAGCAUCAACUCCUUUGGGAAGUUGGUGGUCUUCUUUUUUUAGAUGUUUUUCCAGCAUCAAAUUGGACGACUGACAUCUUUAAAUCAACCUGGAGGCUUUCAGGAUGAUUCUGCAGCAGCAGUAUCAAAAAGUUGAACAGUCUUUGUUAUUGUGUGUUUUCUCAGGAGUGGAUGGACCUAGUGUUUGUUACUUUUUCUAUUUUAUAUUAUUUAUAUGCCCUAGAGCCAGUGUACAAGGUUUUUGUACGUGCAUAGUGUUUGUUUUUCUUUUUAUCAUAUUACAGAUCUGGAGAGCACAUCCAAAAAAUCCUGUAUUGAGAGUUCACAAAGACCUUCAGUCGAUGUUUUUGAUAGCAGACUAUCAGACUGGUCCCUUACAUCUGCCUUCAUCACAGUUGCUCUUUAAUCUGCAUGUAUCUUAGCCUAUCGAAGUCUGACAACAGGUUCAUGCAACUUCAAAAACAUGCAGCUCCUCUGCUUAUGCGCAGCAGCAGUACACACACACAAACAAAGAUAAAUCAGGUUCUAGAGUAGUGAUAGUUUUCAACACGAUAUUAAAAAACACACAAACAAGGUGCGUAAUAAUUUCGAAAUACUGAAGUUUUUUUUUUCUUAACUAUCAGGGUUUAAAUUACUCUUAAGCCUUGAGCAGUAUGAAAUUUUCUUGAGAAUAUUGGUCUUUUUAUCCCCAACGUUGUUCUUUAAUAACCUGUUGCUUUUCUGUAUUUUCUACCAAACACAGUCGAUCAAAUUCUCAAGAUACAGCCGAGAUUAAUCUUAAUUUAACAUGAGAUGGAUGAACCUUGCAGGUUUGCGGUCUGCUGUCAAAAAGAGAGAUUAAAUGAACUCUCUUCCCACAGCAGAUAUUAAAGAUGAGAGGCCUCUCACUCUGCUCUGAUUUAAAAAAUGGCCCACAGAGGAAGACAGGAGACGACAUGUUAUGAAUACAAAGCUGAAGCAACCUUGCUUGUUAAGUUAUGAGUGACAUUUUCUUCUCCUUCCACUGCAGAGUUUUUUUUUCACCCUCCAUAUGAAGAUAUAUAACAACUAGACCAGGCCUGAGAUUGAAUUAUCUCCCUGAUGAGGUUUAAGCUGAUACUUUUUCUCACUUUAUUUCUCAUUAAUACAGACGUCGCUCAGCUUGUUCAGUGACUUCCUUUUAAGCUGUGGAAAUGAUCUUCCUCUGUGCUAAAGGGAAUCGUUUAGCUUUUGCUUUUGCUUGUCAAACUUGUGGAUAAAGCUGAGUUAUACUUGAAGCCUGAUAACUCCCUCUUCAGAGGGCGCUGGACAGGACUGCAGGACACUUCUUUUGGAGGAGCUGACAGAGAGGCCAUCAUGCUUUUUAUUAGGGCUGGGCGAUAUGGCUUCAAAUCAAUGUCACAAUAUAUUGAGCAGUUCACCUCGAUAACGAUAAAUGGACGAUAACUACUCCACAAGCUGCUCACCCCCUCCCACAUUAACUUCGUCUACUUCAGCCGCUACAACUUUUGAACCGUCCUCCAUCUUUUCCCUCUUUAUUAUGGACUGGAUGGGGUGGAAUCACAUCUCUGACAUAGGACCAUAGCCUACCUACACACAUCCAAAACCAACUUUUAUUUAUUUAUUUUUUUGACACCAAAUAUAUUGAACUGGGCAAAAUGACGUUGGUUGUUAUUAUUGUAAAUUUUGGUAUCAGUAAAUUUUUGGUUUAUCGCCCAGCCCUAUAAUAAGGUGUACCUUUCCUAUGAAAUUAUUAUGUGGGACUAGAAUCCUACAUAAAAAAUCAUUUUUAUUUGGAGAAUACAUCAUAUAUCCUUCUGUUAUGUGAAAAUCACUAUGUUGUUACCAAAUAUUCCGUAUGUGUGCCACAGAAAACUUACAGAUUACCGGCAUUAUCCAUAAUUUCGAGUAGUUUGUCCAUAGUCCCCUUCUCUGCCACCAUCACCACCAAUCUUGUGUCGCACCAAUAUGGGCAAAAUGACAUCGGUUAUUGUCGUAAAUUUCGGCAUCUGUACAUUUUCGGUUUAUCGCCCAGCUCUACUCUCUGUACCAGCGCAACAUUCGACAGAGAAGUUCAGAGCUACUGAAUCUAAAAAAAAAAAAGAUAAUAUCUGCAAAUUUAAAUCAGUACACAGCAUUUCAAACACACAGACAAUACCAGCCUGUUCAUGGGUACAUCUCAGCUUGUGCAGCCAGCAAACACGAAUGAUUAUCAUGUUAACUUCCUUUUUUUUGUCUCUUGUAUUUCUACCUCAGCUCGUAGAGACGUCCCUGAAGGGUGAGAUCACAUUCGACCCCUGCUGUGCCUACUACCUUUGGUUCGUCACUGACUUCUGUGAUGGAGGCGACAUGAACGCCUACCUGCUGUCCAGAAAGCCCAGCCGAAAGACCAACACCAGCUUCAUGCUGCAGCUGGGCAGCGCCCUGGCUUUCCUGCACCGUAACCAGAUCAUACACCGAGACCUCAAACCUGACAACAUCCUCAUCUCCCAGGCCUGCACUCCAACUGGCUCCUGUGAACCCACCCUUAAAGUGGCCGACUUUGGCCUGAGUAAAGUGUGCUCCACCUCCGGGCUCAACCCCGAGGAGCCUGCGAGUGUCAAUAAGUGUUUCCUGUCCACGGCCUGUGGAACAGACUUCUACAUGGCCCCGGAGGUCUGGGAGGGACACUACACGGCCAAGGCGGAUAUCUUCGCGCUCGGGGUGAUUAUUUGGGCCAUGGUGGAGCGCAUCACCUUCGUCGACGUGGAGACUCAGAAGGAGCUGCUGGGGAGCUACGUUCAACAGGGCACAGAGAUUGUACCCUUAGGGGAGGCCCUGUUAGAGAACCCAAAGAUGGAGCUGCUGAUCCCCGCCAGGAAAAAGAGCAUGAACAGCCACAUGAAGCAGCUGAUCAGGGAGAUGCUGUCAGCCAACCCUCAGGAGCGGCCUGACGCCUUCGAACUGGAGCUCAGACUGGUCCGCAUCGCCUGCAGAGAGCUGGACUGGGACACGUGAUGAAUAAACAUACGGCGCCACAGACUGAGCCGAUCAAGCACAUGUACACAUCUCAUCACACUGUUAAAACCUAGAGGGUCACAUAACGGGGGACUGUGGUUUUUUUAAACUAGGGAACAAUAAUUAGAGUAGUCAUUGUUUGUAUUAGUCUUAAAGGGGAAUUCUGUUUUUUUAAAGAAGGGUUUCAAUGACUUAGAGGUGCACAGAGUUUGGGAAUUACUCCAUUAGAUCGCUGCAGGUGACAGCUGUGAAACCGGCUGUAAUAGCAGCAGUUUCACAACUUAUACUUGGGGGCCAAUCUGACAGGCUCAGAUUGUUUUUCCAAGUGUCUGGAAACAGAAAAAAAGGAUCGCUGUAGGAAGACUCUUACGUGUGUGGGAGAGGAGGGAGAUGAUCAAAAAGAUGCAAGCUCUCGCACACUGUCUGUCUCGAGAGAAUGUAUAUUUAUUGGGGAUGUUUUGGUCCGAGACUUAAAUCACUCAAACAAAGAGUAUGCUGUUCUGUUUUUAUUUGUAUGCCUGAUGACUGUCUCGGACCAAAACGCUGCGAUUAAAUGUCAAUUUCAGACGGUUUGCAGGAGUUUGCGCAGUUAAACGCUGACUCUGGGAGGUCAGAUUUGUCUGUUCCUCACUAUGAUGCAGUGUCCGGGAUAAAGCGACAGAUAUCUAGGAUCGAGGUCUGCCAGAUUUGGUUGUAAUUGUGCUUAAAAAGUGUAGUUUGACCUCAGCAUGAGACCCUUUCAAAGACAGCUCUCUACAGAGGUGCUGUUCUUUGUUGAAGAGAUCGAUCUUAAGGCUGUCUGGUUUCAAAAAGAGGCAUCUCUUCAGCAAGCGCACCCCCUGUGGAUGCGCUCUUACAGGGGCGCAUUUGCCCUGAAUAUCGCAGCUGUCUGUGAAGGAUGUAAACGUCCAAACUCUUUGCACCUGUAAGUCUCCGGAUCUCUAAGUAUGUAGAAAUAGAGGGCCCAGGUGUAAGAACACCAGAAUUCCCCUUGAAUCUUCAUCCACCGUUUCAAGCACAUUCAGUCCUCUACAAGCUGUGUCUGUAUACUGAAGGGGAGAGGUGUGACACUCAACGCUGCUGCUGCUCCCAAACUGCAGCUUAGUCUCAGGCUAAUCACAUCACAGCUUCCACUUCCUCCUUUUAACAGAAUCACUCGUGCGUGGUGAAACGGCAAAAUGACCCCCAAAAGUCCUGGAUUCAAUUAGAAGGGAAAGUCAAACAGUUUGUCUACAAAUACCACUGUGGACUUGGUGCUAAUUGUCGUAACUAAAUGCAAUAUGAGACAUUAUCCUGUGAUCAUUACAGCAGAUUUUUAUCCAAAGGGCCCAUAUUGGAACACAAUCACCUCCAAAGCGUGGAAUGUUUUGAAGCUUUUUGUGGCUUUGACACAACCUGGCUUACAGACGUGACUCUGGUACAUGACCACCAGCACUGAUUUGAUACUGUUUUAAUUUCCCAAAACGCUCAGGUAGUGCGAACACACAGCAUGACAGGUAUUUGUAGACAAACUCCACACUUAUGUAGGUCAGUUUUGCUCGGAAUCUCCAAACUUUGGUGCUUGACGAUAACAUUGUGUACUUUUCUGAAAAGCUGCUUCGUUGGUUGUUUGGGCGGGGACGUUUUUAUCAGUCGGUGUCCUCCCAGUGUGCGCUUGUGGUUAAGGUUUCCUCACGUCUGCUCUUUGAAAUGUCAAGAUAGUUGAUCGGUCUCUGACACGCCUACAACCAGCAUACCAGAAUGUGUAACAACGAGGCAGGUCACCUGAACUCAAAGAGCUUUGGAGGUGUGAUUUCAUUCACAGAGCACUUCACUUUUACUUUGAAAGGUUUUGAGGAUAAUUCUGGGUUAUUGUCUUGAAACGUCAGUCUUAAUCAAUCACAUUGCACUCAAAAAAAGAGGAGAAAAAUACGCUGUUUGAAAACUCUUAAUAUGCUGCAUAUGCAAAGUAGAUUUACCACAUAAUGUGUGGUAUUUUUCAAAUGUUAGACUCAAGGAAAGUGAAAAAGUCAACAAAUAAUUCAGCGAUAAAACCAAAGUUUGAAUAUUUUUGAAAUGUUAGUUGAAACCCUCAAACAUGCAUGAUAUUUUUCAGUACAAAUCUUAAUUCAAACAAGCAAUAUGCAUGUUAAAAGUGUGGAUUAAGUAUUUCUAAAAUAACUAUAAGUUACAGGAUAAAAUAAUGUCUCCUUAAAUCCAAGCGUUCCCUUAAAAGGAUGUUGCUAAUGGUUAAUGUUUGCAUCUGGUCAUGUUACUUUGAAAAGUGAGGAUUUCAUUUGUGUGGUUUUAAGUUGUAUACUGUAAGGACUUGAUUUUGAAGGGACCUCCAGAAGACAGUUUUAAACUAUUUAAUCGUGUUGAAAAAGGAAUAUUAGUACUCUUAUUUUGAACGACAGAGGGUGCUGUCUGCUUUGAGUUUUGCAGUCAUAAUCAUCCGAAACAAAGAUUUUGCAGUGUGAGGAUGGAGUGCAAGUGUUGAUGCUAAAAGCUGUUUUUUUUUCUCCUUCUCAAGUAGGAAAACCGUCACUACCAGUAUCUUCACAGAAGAAGAUAGAGAGAGGGAGCCAUGAUACCAGAACUAUAAACAUUGAUAGGAGUAAAAAUCUUUUGAUAACGUUUUCAAUUCCUUCGGAGCAAAUUUUAACUCCAGGAAAACCCACCGUUUGAUUUCUAUAAUUAAUUAAUUAUGAAGAAAUAAUCAUUCAAUAAUGAGCUGUCUUUUCAUAAUUUUUAGUAUGCUAUGAAGUGUAAAAACUAUAUAUUUUCAAAUCAUUUUAAAGCAAAGAGUCUUGAAAGCAUCAGAGUAUACAAAUUUGGGCACCUUAAUAGAGAGGUAGACACAUGGCCAACACACUGAACAUUGUGUCAUCAUCUGUCUGUAGUUUUCCUUCAGUUCUGUCACUUCAGCUUUAGCAGAAUUACAUUUGGUUCCCUUUCAAAAUAAAAGCAUUUCAGUUGAUUAAAACUGAAAUUAGAUAAAAGACAUUAAAAACACAAAAGAAAAGCAUCACAGAUAUAAGGUUAGUGAGCCAACCCUCUCUAUCACUUGAACUUAACUGGGUUACUUAUAGGCAGGAAAGCUAUUGAAUAAACUGUACUGUAAACAGUGUUUGAAUAUAAGAUUAGUUUAGUCAAUAGCUGAUGCACGUAAGUACAGACAACAAACUUUACCAUCAUCUACGGUUUUAACUUCAAACAUGUUCAAUUAAUCCAAAUUAAGAGCCUUUUUACGACCAGUCUCAUUGUGUUUCUCACCCUGUUGGACAUGAUUAUGGCAUUAAGAUGUCACCAAAACUCUGCAGGAAUUUUUGAGUGCAAUGUUUUAAUGGAAGUAAAUCCUAAAUUACAGGAGAAAAGCACGUGUGUGAAUUCCCACAUGAAAGCAGUGUGUGUCAAUGGCUAAUUGACAGAGAAAUCCAACGUAUUGACAAAGCUAAUUGAAAAGUAUUCAGAUUUCAUCCAGUGGUUUAAAAUAAAUGAGAAGUUAAUUAUUUUCAUGUUUAAAUAUAAAAUAUUCAAAUUGAAAUAAACCAAAAUUAUCCUUGAACCAGAAAAUCCCCAAACCCAAAACACAACAAAGCAGUUUGGUCGACAUUUAGGAGACGUGAAGUGACUCCUCCACAAAUAUCAAACACAUCUGUUUAUAACAAACCCCAGAUUCAGUUAUAUGAAGGCUGAGCUGUGACUUGAAUAUUCAUAUUUAAGUCCACUUAGAAAAAAAAAAGAGAGGAUGACAGAAUGAAAGGAGGCGGAAGGAUUCAGUGAAACUCCCUGAAAAGCACUUUUUAUUUCCUUGUUUUUAUUUAUUCCUGAUAACUACCUGCUGCGUCGUAUCGAGCUGCUCUGCGAGGCUGGAUUCAGUGUGAUAACUGCGCCGGUAUUUGUUUACCAAUGGGAACACAAUGUCAGCCAACAGUCUACUUAUGCAUGCAGUGCCUCUCACCUUCAGGGAAGAAGCGAGAGAAGACACCAGCACACGACACAAUCCUCCAUGAGCCAGAGGAUCUCUGCUUUCCUUUUUUUUUCUGUUUUGAAACAUAAUGCUGUUGUGUUGAACUUGAUCUCCUCUCACUGUGUCACUGCUGCUCGUUUCCUUUGGCUCUGGAUCUUACAGUAAUCCCUUUCUUCAUGCCUCCGACAGGCUAAUUCUAAGCCUAUUAAGUUGUUGCAGCACUUGGCGGAGGAUCAUGUGUUAGGGGACCCUUUUGCCUUUCAGGUCAUACAUUCAUAAUUUGCGCAGUUAUACAGAAACCUAUAAAACCAAACAAUCCUGCCUUCAAACUGUGGCGAAGAGUAAAUCUACUCCUGAAUUGUUGCUUCUUUCUCUCUGCUAGAUGGCCUUUAAUUCCCACCUUUUUAGUGGAUUAAUAACCCGUCAUGAUGCGAUUGAGAUCUGCCUUAUUUUUAAAAUUCCCUGCGUCCUUUUUGACACUAGAGUUGCCUGGGUGAAAUUGCACCCAAACGUUGAAUUGGCCUGAAGUUGUGCUUGAGAUGCACCGCCUCUUUUAGGUAUAAUUAUCAGUACCUUAAAUCAGUGUUAAAUGGAAAAAAAAGGCCUGCUUGUGCUGCAGGACACUUAUGCUGCUUUGGACAAUGUUGCUCUGCUUCAAGAAUGUGGUAUUUGUAGUUUACGAGCAUCAAAGUUUGGACUCAAAGUAGGUCACCCGUAUACUAAGAGCUCCAAUGAUAGGUAAGAGUCAUUUCCGGCCAGAUUUCUUCCUCGAACUCUCAUAAGAAAGAAACGAGAGCGCAGGGGAGGAAGGUACAUGGCUUCCUGUGAGUCUUGAGGUGUUUGCCAAACAAAUGCUAGGUGUGGGGUUCGACAGAGAUUUCACCCUUUGAUUUGUUGUAAUAAAUUCCUUUGCACAUGUGUAAAUACUGUACAGGAUUAGCGUGACGAACAAGGUUGAUAUACAUUCGAUUGGAUGUGCUCUGUUUUUAAGAGCCUGACUUAUUUGACAUGUAAAUUGCUGUGAUGGAUUCAGUUUUUUUCUUCUAAAUCAGCUCUGGUUUACUUUGGAAAAGAUGUGAUAUAAUUAAAGGUCAAUACUGUUGGUGUGCUAGUGAUACUUGUACGUUUUCAUUGGCCUAUUGUUUGUGGUUUUGUGUAAAGAAAAGCUGGUCGACGAUGUGAGUCAUCUUCAGUGGUCUUUUCUGUCUACUGGGUACUGGGAUGUUUGGGAACGGAGAAGUAUUUGGGACUUUGGGACGUCGUUCAAACCUUAACAAUCCACUAGCCCUGAUCCAGGACCACCAUGUAAUGGACGCCCAAUAUUUCCAAGAACUUUCUAAUUGGUCAGGGGGAAAAAAUGUUAAACUGUAGCUAGGCAAAUACAGCAAUGUCAGAUGUAAUCUAAUUACUAGUAUCCCUACAUAUAAGGUGAUUUUAGUGUGUUUUUAAGUGGAGUCAUGGCAGUCUAUCAUAGGACUAGCCCAGACUCCAUAGUUUAAGGCCGCUUUUAGACGGAAACGGUUUAGUUUAGACGGCAACUGCGUUUUCAGGAGAUGAAAACGUAACAAAGUGAAAACCCCCUCCAGAGUGGAAAUGUAAACGCUCUGCUUAGUCCCGCUUUCGUCAAAAAGUACAAAAGCGCUGAAAACAGUCAAACCUGUGACGUCCUGGCUCACGUCGGCUCACGCUGCGUGCUUCUAGGAAGCAGAACGGAAGUUGUUCUACGUAUGCGUUGUCGGUCUAUAUGGGAGCGCGGUCACACAGACACGCGCCACCUAGUGACCUGGCAUGCACAUUACAGCGUUUUCAACCACAUAAAAACGGAAAACGUAACGGCACUUUUCUGUUUUCUUUGGAGACCGUUUCCGUCUAAAAGUGGCCUAAAAUACUUGCAGCACUGUCUGCAGAUAAUGUAGCAGAACAGAUGCUAGAGUGCACUUAACUGUCUAAAACCAAUAUUACUGUAAAAUAUUCAUUAAUCAGGUUAUAUUUUAUGGUUUUUAAAAAGCCCCCGUAUCAGUGUGGCUCUGAUAUGCAGCGCUAAUAUGCUGGAUAAACUCACUAGAUGAAGAAAAUAUACGACUAGUGGCAAAAGAUACUAAUCCAAGAGUGUGAUCCGUUUUCUCCUGGUCCUGGAUCGGGGCUGUUUCCCAUAAAAGUUGUCUUCUGUCAGACAAAAACAUGAUUCAUGUCAAAUGAAAGAUCCAAACUCAGAGCUUCUGCUUUCACUCUUUUGUAUGAACAAUUUUUGGGCUUGUCAGUGUAAAAUAUUUUGAAGAGAUUAAACUGAAGUUUAUCAAAAGUGGGGUGAACACCUGUCAAUCACUGUUGAACUGAUGCAUUUUUAAAUAAAAGGAAAUGAAACUGAAGGUUUUU